GGUAGCAAGCGAGUAAUACUUUCAGUUAAUGUGCUGAGCGGUGAAGUGAAACGUAUUAGCCCUAUUGAUUCAGAUUUUUCAUGGGAUAUCUUUACGUUGGAUGGGGACAACAUUAUUGCCGUCUCUAGCAGUCCCGUAGAUGUUCCUCAAAUCAAGUAUGGGUAUCUUGAAUUGGCAAAAAGUGCCUCAUGGACUUGGUUGAAUGUCUCGAGCCCCAUAUUUAGAUGCUCUGAGAAGGUUGCAUCCUUGGUUUUGUCUCUUCAGUUCAGUAUUCUGAAGAUUCCAAUCAAGGAUGUUUCUGGUUUUCUAACAGAAGGUGCUACGAAGCCUUUUGAAGCUCUAUUUGUGUCUUCCAAUACUAAGAAGAGGGAUGCAUGUGAUCCACUUAUUGUGGUUCUUCAUGGAGGCCCUCAUUCUGUUUCAUUGACAACCUUUUCAAAGUCUUUAGCAUUUCUUGCUUCUAUUGGUAACAGUUUGUUGAUAGUCAAUUAUAGAGGUUCGUUGGGGUUCGGCGAGGAAGCAUUGCAAUCUCUUCCUGGGAAAGUUGGAUCCCAGGAUGUCAAUGAUGUGCUCACAGCUAUAGAUCAUGUUAUCAACAUGGGACUUGCUGACCCAUCUAAAAUCACUGUGCUUGGUGGUUCUCAUGGUGGCUUUUUGACCUCCCAUUUGAUUGGUCAGGCACCAGAUAAAUUUGUUGCUGCGGCUGUGAGGAAUCCUGUUUGUAACAUUGCAUCAAUGGUCGGUACAACAGAUAUUCCUGAUUGGUGUUAUUUUGAAGCCUAUGGCACUAAGGGGAAAAGUAUCUAUACAGAAGCACCCUCAGCUGAGCACCUGAGUCACUUUUUCAGCAUGUCUCCUAUAGCACACCUUUCAAAGGUUAAAACACCAACUUUGUUUCUUUUAGGUGCUCAAGAUCUCCGGGUUCCAGUUUCUAAUGGCUUGCAAGUAAGUUAUUCUGUUUCCCAUUAG